AAAUAAAUCUACCAAACAGAUCCUAACUCCAACUACAUGUGGAGUUAGACGAGUAGUGUAAAAAAGGGACUCAUGCGACUGUUUUCGCGGCUUCCGAUUUUCAGGGAUGACGUGCUCAGUCACUUCAAAGCUCGCAUAAGCACUUGGGCUCUUCAAGAAGCUCUGGUCCGGUUAACCGACGGUCGGUUCGGAUCCAUUCUGUCACCGGAUUUGCAGCCAUAACCAGGCGAAAUGGUUUCCACAGAUGCCUGUCCAGCUCCAAUGAAAGCUACAUCAAAUGGAAUAUUUCAGGGAGAUGAUCCUCUUCAUUUUGCGCUGCCUCUUGCCAUAGUGCAGAUAUGCUUGGUACUUGUAGUUACAAGGGGUCUUGCAUUCCUCCUGAAGCCGUUAAGGCAGCCACGUGUUAUUGCAGAGAUUUUUGGAGGAAUAUUACUUGGGCCAUCAGCACUGGGACGAAACAAAAGAUACAUGCACACUGUAUUCCCGCCCAAUAGUCUAACCGUGUUAGACACUCUAGCAAACCUUGGUCUGCUAUUCUUCUUAUUUCUGGCAGGACUAGAGUUAGAUCCUAAAUCUCUUCGUCGGACCGGAAGUAAAGCACUCGGCAUUGCUAUUGCAGGAAUCACCCUUCCUUUUGCACUAGGAAUUGGUUCCUCAGUUGUCCUCCGAGAAACAAUAUCUAAAGGUGUAAAUGCAACUUCAUUUCUUAUCUUCAUGGGCGUGGCCCUCUCCAUAACGGCCUUCCCUGUCUUAGCUCGUAUUCUGGCUGAGCUGAAACUUUUGACCACUGAUGUUGGUAGAAUUGCUAUGUCAGCUGCGGCAGUGAACGAUGUGGUUGCCUGGAUUCUUCUUGCUCUUGCCAUUUCCCUCUCUGGCUCUGACAAAUCUCCCCUUGUCCCAAUUUGGGUCUUCUUAUGUGGCUGUGGUUUUGUUGUUAUCGCUAUUCUUGUUUUCCCUCCAAUCUUCAAAUGGAUGGCCCAGAGGUGCCAUGAAGGUGAGCCGGUAGACGAGAUAUACAUUUGUGCUACAUUAGCUGCUGUUCUGGCUGCUGGACUUGUUACUGAUGCUAUUGGAAUUCAUGCCAUGUUUGGUGCUUUUGUGAUUGGAGUUCUUGUUCCAAAGGAUGGGUCAUUUGCAGGCGCUCUUGUGGAAAAAGUAGAGGAUCUUGUAUCUGGUCUCUUCCUGCCAUUGUACUUUGUUUCAAGUGGAUUGAAGACUGAUAUAGCCACAAUUCAGGGGCUCCAAUCAUGGGGUCUUCUAGCUUUAGUUAUAUUUACUGCUUGCUUUGGGAAGAUAUUUGGCACUCUUGUGGUGUCCCUUCUUUGCAAAGUGCCUCUCCGUGAGGCUUUUGCACUGGGUUUCCUAAUGAACAGCAAAGGAUUGGUUGAACUCAUUGUUCUCAAUAUAGGUAAAGAUAGAAAGGUAUUGAAUGACCAGACUUUUGCCAUAAUGGUUCUAAUGGCUCUGUUUACCACCUUCAUCACUACCCCUCUUGUCCUUGCCGUGUAUGGGCCAUCAAAAAGGGUAAGAAUAGAUGAUUACAAGAAUAGAACAAUUGAAAGGAAAAAUCCAAAUACCCAACUUAGGAUUUUGGCCUGUUACCACAGUGCAAGAAACAUUCCAUCUAUGGUUAACCUCCUUGAGGCCUCAAGGGGGUCUGAGAAGCAUGAAGGACUUUGUGUGUAUGCAAUGCACCUCAUGGAGCUCUCUGAGAGGUCCUCAGCUAUAUUAAUGGUACACAAGGCAAGAAAAAAUGGGUUGCCCUUCUGGAAUAAGGGCCAGCGAUCAGAUUCUGACCAUUUUGUUGUGGGGUUUGAAGCUUACAGGCAACUGAGUCGUGUGUCUAUCCGGCCAAUGAGAGCAAUCUCAUCAAUUUCUGGCAUGCAUGAGGACAUAUGUUCCACUGCUGAGACGAAGAGAGCUGCAAUCAUAAUUGUUCCAUACCAUAAGCACCACAGGGUUGAUGGUUCUCUAGAAACGACGCGAAAUGAUUUCCGCACGGUUAAUCGUAAGGUUCUUGAGCAUGCACAAUGUUCAGUAGGAAUUUUAGUAGAUCGUGGGCUUGGUGGAACCACACAUGUAGCGGCAAGUAAUGUUUCUUAUUUCAUUACGGUCCUCUUCUUUGGAGGCUGUGAUGACCGUGAAGCCCUUGCUUAUGGGGCUCGCGUGGCGGAGCACCCUGGUAUAAGACUAAUGCUUAUUCAUUUCAUAUUGGAACCUGAAAGCCUGGGGGAGAUUGUCAGAGUAAAUAUGGAUGAGAGUUCUCGCACCAGAGGGUCAGCAGAUGAGGAAUUCCUCACUUCAUUCAAGCAGAACAUGGUCAAGGAUAACUCCCUAUAUGAGGAGAGGGUAGUCAGAAAUGCUGCAGAUACAAUUGCUGUGCUCCGUGAGGUAAACCACUGCAAUCUGUUUUUGGUGGGUCGAAUGCCUGAAGGUGCAGUAGCCUUAGGUUUAAGCAGGAGGAGCGAAUGCCCAGAACUGGGGCCUGUAGGAAGUUUGUUGACAUCACCUGAGUUCUCAACAACAGCAUCAGUUUUGGUUGUCCAACAAUAUAAUAGUAGGGUAUCUCCAAAUUUGGUCCAAUGGAUGGGGCCGGAAUCACCUUUAAGGGCUCAGGACCAAGUUAAUUGAGGUGUAGAAUGUAAUUGAAUGCUGUCAGAUUAUGUUCUCUUCUUAGGUUAUGAUACUCGUGUUUUAGAUAAUUCAUUGGUCAUUUGUUGAAAAUCUCAUACGUUCUAUUGAAGAAGAGUAAAGAAUAAAUAAAUUCAUGUAUCAAUUUUAUUUU